GUUACAAGCUGUUUUUCCUCUUAUGAACUUGAAUUUUUGAAAGUAAGUUGUAAAUUAAAUAGGACUUCGAACAAUAACAUUUUACUGGCAUAUGUGUACCAACUAGCAAAAUGGCGACUUCCAUUGGGAAUGCAGCUGUUUACCACCGUUCAUGAGGUUACGGUCUCAACACAGUGUGCUGUCUGUGUUUUGCUCACGUGAUUUGUAAAAUAAACUGCUAAAAUCUAAAGUUGUGGUGAGGUAAAAAAAAGUCCUGUCCACCAUGGUCAAAGAGCAGUUUCGGGAGACUGAUCUUGCCAAGAAGAUCAGUCAUGUGACUUUUGGUUCUAUGAGCCCUGAAGAGAUGCAGAGGGCUAGUCAUCUGCAUGUAGUGAAUAAAACUCUCUACAGUCAAGAUGCAAAGAACAAGCCUUGUCCCAAUGGGGUGCUGGAUCACCGUAUGGGCACGAGCGAGAAAGACAACAAUUGUGACACGUGCGGCAAGGUGCUGGCUGAAUGCACGGGACACUUUGGCUAUAUUGACCUGGAGCUUCCAGUUUACCAUGUGGGGCAUUUCCGCACCACUGUCACACUUCUACAGAUGAUCUGCAAGUCGUGCAGCGCCAUUUUGUUGUCAGACCAGCAGAAAGAAAACUACCAUCGAAGUUUGAAAAGACCAAAUUUGUCUUAUCUACAGAAGAAGUCUCUAAGAAAACAGAUUUACGAUGCUUGUAGAAAAGUUAAAACUUGCCCUAUAUGUGGAACCCACAAUGGAAUGGUGAAGAAAGUGGGCUUAUUUCGCAUUGCUCACGACCAGUCGCAUCAGGGCAGGAAAUCGGAAGGUAUUCUCAAAGAAAGAGUGGAGGCCUUUGACUUUGCAGCAAAGUGCAACUCAGAGUUGUCUAGUCUGAUGAGCAAAAACUACGAGGUGCUCAAUCCCGUUAUUGUUCACGAACUCUUCAAAAGAAUUCAGGAGUCAGACAUCCCUCUGUUGUUGAUGAAUCCCGAGGUGAGCAGACCGGAGGAUCUGAUCAUCACAAGGCUUUUUGUCCCUCCCAUCUGCAUCAGGCCGUCUGUGGUCUCGGAUUUAAAGUCUGGCACCAAUGAAGACGACGUCACAAUGAAGCUGACGGAGAUCAUGAUGGUGAACGAGAUCAUUCAGCGGCUGCGCGCCACCGGGGCCAAGGUGCAGAUGUACAUGGAGGACUGGGACUAUGUACAGCUUCAUGUGGCGCUGCUGUACAACUCAGAGACUUCGGGGAUCCCACUCAGUAUGCAGCCAAAGAAAAAGACGCGCGGCUUUGUGCAGAGGUUAAAGGGCAAACAGGGUCGUUUCCGCGGCAACCUGUCGGGCAAGAGAGUGGACUUUUCGGGUCGCACCGUUAUAUCCCCGGACCCUAACAUGCGUAUUGAUCAGGUUGCUGUGCCCAUCCACGUUGCCAAAGUGAUGACCUACCCUGAGCGAGUAUGUCCGGCCAAUCUGGCAUUCCUGCAGAGCCUUGUCCUCAACGGCUGUGAUGUUCAUCCCGGGGCGAAUUUCAUCAAGAUCAAGUCCACUGGAGAGCGUAAGUUCCUGCGCUACGGCAAGAGGAGCCACAUCGCCAACAGUCUGCGGUACGGCGACAUUGUGGAGAGGCACAUGGUGGACGGGGACGUGGUUCUCUUCAACAGACAACCCUCGCUGCACAAGCUCAGCAUCCAGGCCUUCUACGCCAAGGUAAUGCCGAAUCGGACGUUCCGAUUUAACGAAUGUUGCUGCGGUCCGUUCAACGCUGACUUUGACGGCGACGAGAUGAACCUUCACCUGCCCCAGACGGAGGAAGCGAAGGCGGAGGCCAUUACUCUGAUGGGGUCCAAGUCAAACAUCACCACGCCGCGGAAUGGGGAGCCUCUCAUCGCUGCCAUCCAAGACUUCAUCACAGGUGCCUACCUGAUGACCCAGAAAGAUAUUUUCUUUGACCGGAGCCGAGCAUGUCAGCUCAUCUGCUCCAUGCUGGUGGGCAAAGACAAAGGCAUGAAGAUCGACCUGCCCCCUCCAGCCAUCUGGAAGCCUUGCAAGCUGUGGACGGGCAAACAGGUCUUCUCGCUGCUCAUGAGGCCCAACAAGGAGUGCCCUGUGAAGGUGAAUCUGCGGACCAAGGGCAAGAACUAUUCCCAGAACGAGGACCUGUGCAGCAACGACUCGUUCGUGGUCAUCCACAACAGCGAGAUCAUGUGCGGCUACGUGGACAAGGCCACACUGGGCUCGGGCUCCAAGAAGACCAUCUUCUACCUCAUCCUCCGCGACUACGGGGAGGAGGCGGGGGCUGACGCUCUCUCUCGCCUGGCCCGCCUCUGCCCCGCCUUUCUCUCCCACCACGGGUUUUCCAUCGGUAUCGGUGAUGUCACUCCUGGGGAAGGUUUGAUUCGGAAGAAGCAGGGGCUGCUGAAGAAAGGCUAUGACGCCUGCGACAAUUACAUUCGUGACCUUGAAGACGGCAGGCUACAGCCUCAGCCUGGCUGCACGGAGGAGGAGACGCUUGAGGCCAAGAUCCUGAAGGAGCUGUCCGUGAUCCGAGACCACGCAGGCAAAGCUUGCCUGGAAGAGCUGCACAAGACCAACAGCCCUCUCAACAUGGCCGUCUGUGGCUCCAAGGGAUCGUUCAUCAACAUCUCGCAGAUGAUCGCUUGUGUGGGCCAGCAGGCCAUCAGCGGUAAGCGCGUGCCCAACGGGUUCGAGGACCGGGCUCUGCCACACUUCCCGCGCUUCUCCAAGGACCCGGCGGCCAGAGGCUUCGUCUCCAACAGUUUCUACACGGGUCUGACUCCGACCGAGUUUUUCUUCCACACCAUGGCCGGACGUGAGGGUCUGGUGGACACAGCAGUCAAGACAGCUGAGACGGGCUACAUGCAGCGACGACUAGUCAAGUCCCUGGAGGACCUGUGUCUGCAGUACGAUGCCACUGUCCGCACGUCCAUGGGGGAGGUUGUCCAGUUUGAGUAUGGAGAAGAUGGCCUUGACCCUGCCGACAUGGAAGGCAACGAGAAGCCGGUGGACUUUAGCCGCCUCCUUAACCACAUCAAAUCCAUCAUGGCCGCAGAGUGUAGGGAUGAGCCCAGCCUGAACGGAGAGCAGACCUUGACCCAAGUGAAAGAUGUUCUGGAGACAGCGUCCUGGACGGCCGUCCACAAAAGUUUCAAGACGGAUCUCACUGAAUUCUUCUACAACACCGCCAAAAAGAUCAACGAACUGCGUCAGAGGUUCCAGGUGGAGGCUCUAGCCGAGUCCAGCCCGGUUCUGCUGCAGUUGGAGCGACUGACCACGUCCAUGGUGGGUCGGUUCAUGGAGGUCUGCCUCAACAAGUACAACCGAGCGCUCAUGGAGCCAGGAGAGGCGGUGGGGGCAGUGUGUGCCCAGUCCAUCGGGGAGCCCGGCACCCAGAUGACCUUGAAGACGUUCCACUUCGCUGGCGUGGCCAGCAUGAACAUCACGCAGGGCGUGCCGCGCAUCAAGGAGAUCAUCAACGCCAGCAAGUCCAUCUCCACGCCCAUCAUCACAGCCGAGCUGGAGGACUCAAGAGACCCUGAGUUGGCCAGACGGGUCAAAGGUCGCAUCGAGCGCACAAGUCUCGGGGAAGUGUCGGAGUACCUUGAAGAGGUCUAUCUGCCGGACGACUGUUUCAUCCUCAUCAAGCUGGACGUGGAUCGCAUCCGUCUGCUUAAACUGGAGGUGAGCGUGCACUCCAUCGCCCAGUCCAUCCUGGCGUCCAAGCUGAAGGUCCGAGCCCCGGACAUCAAGGUGCACAGCGAUGCGGUGCUGUCGGUGUCUUCCACCGCCUCGUCCAAGGUCUCCGUCUACUACCGGCUGCAGGAGCUGAAGAAGUCGCUGGGCGGCGUGACCAUCAUAGGGAUCCCGUCGGUGAACCGCGCCGUCAUCCACGAGGACCAGGGCGUCUACAAGCUGCUCAUCGAGGGGGACAACCUCGGGGGGGUGAUGGGGGCGCAGGGCGUGGACGGCUCGCGCGCGCGCUCCAACAACACGUUUGAGGUGUGGCGCACGCUGGGCAUCGAGGCGGCGCGCGUCACCAUCAUGCAGGAGAUCACGGGCACCAUGCAGGGCCACGGCAUGAGCAUCGACGCGCGGCAUACCAUGCUCCUGGCCGACCUGAUGACGUACCGCGGCGAGGUUCUGGGCAUCACGCGCUUUGGCCUGGCCAAGAUGAAGGAGUCGGUGCUCAUGUUGGCCUCGUUUGAGAAGACGGCCGAGCAUCUCUUCCAGGCGGCCUACUUCGGGCAGCGUGACGCCAUCUGUGGGGUCAGCGAGUGCAUCAUCAUGGGCAUCCCCAUGAGCCUGGGCACGGGCGUCUUCAAACUGCUGUACCGCGCCCGCCAACCACCUGUCAUCCACACCCGGCCCAUCCUCCUUGACUUCCACACUCCAGAGUUCAGCUGACCGACGGUCAUUACUCCAGAGUUAAGUUGACCGAUGGUCAUUACUUCAGAGUGAAGUUGACCGAUGGUCAUUACUCCACGCUCCAGAGUUCAGUUGACU